AUGGAUGGUCACACAGUUGUCGGCGCCGUUUCGGCGCCGUCUACGAGUCCUACCAGCCCUGUGAGCCUCCAUCGCCAUAACUCUAUGAAGCGAAAGCGCAGUGAAGGAGGUCUUGGAAUCGAUAGUAGUCCUGGAAGCGUUAUCGGCGAUGAUGACCCUUCUAUGGCAGAGCCCGAAAAGAAGAGACAGCCUGGCGUGAAGCGUGCCUGUAACGAAUGUAGACAGCAGAAACUCAGGUGCGAUGUUGUCCAAGAACCGUUUCAAAGUUGUUCGAGGUGUAAUCGUCUAAAGCUCGAGUGCAAGAUCGAGUCCAAUUUUAAACGUAUCGGCAAGAGGUCAAAACAUGCCGAGAUGGAAAAAGAGAUCGAUCGACUACGACGCAAAAUAGCCCAGGCUAAGGCACAGGGGUUUGUGAUAGAAGACGACGAAGAACUGCAAUCCCAAUUGCAAUCCCCCGUCGCAAAUAGUGCGUAUUCGCAUACCCGAAAUCCUUCCCUCAUGGGAUCUGAUGAGGCUGUCACCUCCCUUCUAACUCUCAAGCGGGGAGGGUCGUACAGCUUGGCCGCAACCCAUUAUGCCUAUGAGCUUGAAACAGUGCGGCUGACCGAACAGGAUGUCCAUGGUCUAUUUCAGGAAUUCUUCUCAUACUAUCACCCAUUCCUCCCUUUCCUAAACGAGCACCAGUCACCUGACCUGUACUAUCAACAACAUGCUCUACUAUUCUGGACAAUCAUUGCCAUUGCUUCUCGGCGCUAUCCUAAUAAACCCAGUAUAUUACAUGAGCUUUCAAGCGGACCCCUAAAUCGACUACUCUGGGGCACGGUAGGCGAUGUUCCCAACAGUUAUUUCGUCGUCAAGGCUCUUUGCCUGUUAUGUACGUGGCCCCUGCCGACAAGUACUACGACGGCGGAUCCAACUCAUAUAUUAUGCGGUGUUAUGAUGAAGGCCGCAACGGGUAUCGGCCUACAUAGACCUAAUCAUACCCAGGAUUUCUCCCGCGUCUCCGUCGAGCUCAAUAAAGACCAACUUCAUGAUCGAGUAACCACCUGGGCCGUUUGCAACAUUGUUGCUCAGUCGAUCGGAACAGGUUAUGGUCAGCCGGCAACUACGCUCUAUGACUGGACGCUCGCUAUUCGCCCCGGUGAAGACGGCCCUUUUACCCUUUCACCCGAACUUGAGGCUAGGUUGAGGAUUGAGAGGUUUUGUGACAAAGUCUCCAAAGAAAUGUACAGUAACGCAAGCGACCCUAGAGGCGUGGCUGGUGACGAACAUAGAGCGAUGCUGAUGCGGGUGUAUCGUCGCGACUUUCAAGAAUUACAAGCAUCAAUACUUUCGCAGCGUCUCUCGCCAAUAGUGGAAGUUCAUUUGACUGCUGCUAACGUGCACCUUCGCCUUGCCGGAUUCUUCGAUGCGAGUAGCACGCCCGGUUAUAUGGAUGAUCUUAUGGGCCUAUGGCGAGCCAUCACAAGCUUUCUGGAUCUCUUGUUCCUGGACUCGAAUCAGCACAUCUUAUUGUACGCCACUAAUUACAUCCAGCAGAUGCUCGUCGCUGCCGGGUUCGCUUUGUUGAAGUUGAUGAGGUCAUUCUUUGCAAAGACGAUAGACUUUGAGAGAGGACGCACUCUCUUUCAUAGGACUAUUCAAGCGAUUCGUUCCACAAGCGUACUAGAUAAUGAUCUACAAUGGCGACUAGCAGAACUCAUGGUCCAGAUGUGGAACGGCGCCCGAAUCGACAAAAGCAAUACAUUUCACGACGACGAUAGUUCUCUUCUCAUAGACGAUAGCCUGCAACUGAAGGUGCGAUGUAGACACAGCAUGAGUCUCGUCUUUGAUUCUAUAUGGCGUUGGAGGGAAGAGUAUCAAGCUCAAGGACGUGGUACGCUCGAUGCUCUCAAGCAGCCAACUAACCCGGACUCGGCUAACGAGUCUUCAGCAUCUUCUACCCACAUGGAUAGCACACUCUUACCCCAUAAUAACUUAGCGAACCUAACGUCCAUAACGACGACGACUAAUGGUGGAAUCACGCCGACAGCAAACCACGGCCUGGGUGCCGGUGCGAGUAGCAUGAUCGGAAUAGGCUACGGAAGCGACGCCAACUACGAUUUCUUCGAUCCUCAACACUGGAUGCUUGACGGCUUGUUAGAUUUCAACUACACGUUUGCCCAACCACUAGAAGGCAUGUAG